AGCAUCUCGGCUCCGCGGGGCGCUGGGGCGGGGCCGGGAGCCCCCCCGGCCACGGGGCCCUGGCGGCGGCGAUGCCGCUCGCGGCGCCCGCGAGGGCCGCCCGCGAGGACGGCCGCGAAGACGCCAGGCGAGGCCUCGCGCGGCCGGCCGCCGGGCGGUGGCGGUGCUGCGCGCUGGGGGCGGCGCUGCUGGGGGGCGCUGCGGCCCCGGCUCUCUGGCGGCCCCGUCGGCCAGGCCUUCGCGGAGAGCCCGCCGCGGCCGCCGCGGGCCGCCCCAGGCGGCACGAGGCGGUCCGUGGGCCUCGGGUUGGCCUCGGCCGCGCUGGGCCUGCCCGCCCUGACGGAGGAGGCCUGGGCAGCCUACGAGAACCCGUGGCCCUACGACGUCAGCCGCGGCAAGAUCGCGAAGAAGCUCGCCCCCUUCACCGGGAAGGGGUGCCCUGCGGACAGCCUCAUGACGGUGACGAUGGGGCCGUCGGGGGAGGGCCUGAAGUUUGUGCCGGAGACCCUGAACAUGGUCCAGGGCUGCUACUACGAGCUGGCCCUCAACAAUCCCUCCGCGCUGGAGCACAACUUCGUGGCGCUGGAGUUCGCGAAGUCUGUCUACACCCUGGUCAUCCUGGCCGGCGCCCCGCCCGCGGAGUUCAAGGGCCAGGCGGUGGAGCUGGAGCUGAAGCCGGGGGCGAGCUUGGGGUGGUUCUUGGUUCCCGUGAAGGCGGGCAGCUUCGACCUGAGGUGCAGCGUUAAGGCGGCGGGGUGGCGUGGUCAGAUCUCAGGCGUGAGGCUCGGGGAGACUGGUGCUGUCGCCUGCGCGCCAGCCCUGUCCUUUAUUGGAUGGCCCGCCCCACCCUCAGGUCCCGCCCCCCCCCCCCCCAGGCGCGCUCGCCGCCGAGGUGCGGGCCAGAGUGGCCGGCGGCCUGCCCUCUCAUGGUUCCUGUAGUUUGUCAGUAUCCUUUAAACGAACAUUGGACUGCGGAGCAUCAUCAGCAGCACCGACGAAACACAGCAUAGUGCCGUACUGCUGCCUGUCCCGUUUCAUGAUUGGCAGUUGCGGUUCCAGGCAUUCGCCGUUUGUCUUCAUAGUUUCCCUCCCAGCCGGCGCCUGGAAGCACUUGCUUUCGUGUGCUUCGUGGGGGGUGUUUCUUGUUCAGUGUGUCUUCAUAGCCUAGGGCUUAGCCAUUCUCAGCUUUCUCCAGUCUGUGUCAACUGCGUAGGUUGAGCGGCGAUCGUCAUCGCUUCGCGUGGGAUUCGGGCGCCGAAGUGUCGAGCGCUGGGGUGGAGGCGAGAAAGUGGUGCGCGUGCUGAGCGACUUGUCUGCGUGCUCGUGAGGGCGCCCUCUCGUCGCACUGGCGGCUUUCGCUUUUCGCUUUUCGCUGGACGAGGCUGGGGCGGCGG